AUGUCAGAAAAGAAGCAAGUUUCAGCUGCUGCCGACUUUGUUGCUGGCAACAUGAGCGGCAUGGCGCAAGUCAUUGUCGGACAACCGAUAGACACAAUCAAAGUAAGACUGCAACUGGAUCAUACACGAUUUAAUGGUGCCUGGGAUUGCGCUGCACAAACUAUCAGAAAAGAAGGUUUCUUUGCCCUGUAUAAAGGCAUGGCAAGUCCCCUCGUGGGUAUUGGUGCAGUCAAUGCUGUGUUAUUUGCAGCCAACUCGUCUUUAAAAAAAGCCAUGCAAGCCUAUCCGGGGCAGACACUGACGAUCGGACAAAUCGCCUUGGCAGGUGCAGGAGCGGGCAUUGUGAAUUCGGCACUGGCAUCGCCGGUAGAGCUGUUGAAGAUCAAGUUACAGGCACAAUACAGCACAGAAGGAGCAACACAACAAUUCAAGGGUCCGAUUGACUGUGCCCGGCAACUGAUCCGGAACGACGGCUUUACUGCCUUGUUCCGAGGCAUGUAUGUCACCAUCCUGCGUGAAAUUCCAGCCUAUGCCGGCUUUUAUUCUGGAUACGAAAUCAUGAAGCGAUACUUGACCCAAGGUCAGGAAGGCGACGCGACGAUCUUGCAGUUGAUGGCGUCAGGCUCGGUGGGUGGCAUGUCGUAUUGGUUGGCAUCGUAUCCACUGGAUGUUGUCAAGUCGGUCGUACAGAAUCAAAAUGGGCCGUUGCCACGGGGCCUUUAUGUGACAAGGGUCAUGAAGGAGAUUGUUGCUAGGGAAGGUACCCGAGGUCUUUUCCGUGGACUUGCUCCUGCUGUCGUUCGAAGUAUUCCUGCCGCUGGCGCUACAUUCACAACAUACGAACUAUGCAUGCGUACAUUCAGCUCAUGGUCAUAA